AGCCAGUGAUGGGAUUAGCAUCCUACUAGUGAAGUUGACAAUCUUAGCUGUAUAAAAAUCAAAUACCGUGUUUUUUUUUUUUUUUUCAAAGCAUUUUAUAGCUCGGGUAGCAUAACAGAUUUUACAAUGUAUUGCACAUAGAGGCUUCAUCCUGUAUCAGAUAAAAUAUCGUGGAAGCUGAAACCGAGGCUGGUCUGCCAAACCUGUUUGUUAUAAGGCUCUUUCUUCAUUCAGUGACUUCGGCGAAACCUGUAUGUGGUGAAUGCUGCUCAGAUGCAAAGAGUUGUUAACAGGCAAGAGGCAGAGAACUGAGCUCCACGACUAUAGUCAGGGUAAAGACAGGAAAACUUAUUAUAUUCGUGUGUUUGAAUGUGUGUAUGAAUGUGCCACUCCGCAUGUGCACGGGGUUAGAGGACCACUUGAGAGAAUCGGUUUUCUUAUUCCAUCCACCCUGUGGGACCCUGGGGUUGAACCCAGUUCAUCAGUAUUGACAGCAACCUCUACCCACUGAGCCAUCUCACUGGUGCAAACUUAGAUUUUUUUCUUUUAGCUUGGAAACAACACUAUGAUUAUCUGAUUUAAAUUUUUCCCUUUACAGAGACUCAAAUGCCAAGACUAGCUCUUCAACUUUAUUUAUUUAUUGCCUAACUUCCCUUUGCAUGUGUGUGUGUGUGUGUGUGUGUGUGUGUCUUUACCCAAGACAUUGAUUUUCCUUGAACUCUCCAUAGGGCUGCCAGUUUCCUCGGGAGCACACAAAGUAGCUGGAUUCUAAUCCCUUAGAAUGGCGACUGCAGCUGUCUUAGCUAAGAUUUUAAUGACCGGGUUUAAGUAAAUGUAACAGAUAGACCAGCAGGUGUCCCACUUACAUUCGCCAUUAAAAGGCUUUUUGUGAGGAUUUCAAACGUUAUCAUUAAAGCCAUCAUCUUUGCGGCGCUCCAUCUUGUCAUUCACCAGCGGGGGAAGAUUUCAGUGUCCCAGAAAAAGAGUUCAUAUAAAAAGGAAGCCAGGAGAACAGGAACAUCGCAGCAUUCAUCCCAACCAAAGGAAGCUUGGCAUCUCUUUGGCUUUCACUUCCCAACAGGUAAAAUUCUUUGUAUUCCUAGCACUAUUUUUAAUGUUGCUUGUUGUUUAUGUCUAAAGGGUCUUUUGCACUCGAUGAUUAAAGUCUAGAUGUGAUAGUAUCCAAGGAAGCCUUGCCCUUCACUGACUGACCUUAUCAACCACCAGCCUUGGGGGAGAUCCAACCUUGGAGGAGCCCAGCAGCUCAUGGCCCAUUGUUAGACAUUGGUUUUAGUGUUAUCCCCAUCAGAUGAAUUUAAAGGCACAUUUUUAUCAACCAAACCUAGGUUUCCUUGGCAAGAGGGGCAUCUGAUCUAGGUGUCUCCAUCUAGAUCAGUAUCGAGUUCUCUCUUGGUCUUGAAGCUGGUCCAGCCAGCUGUAAUGCCUUAGAGAUUAGAUGACAGUCAGAAACACUUCAGCAGUGCCACAGGGCAGCCAUUUUAUUACCUUUUAUUACCCAGAGACAUCUAGGAGGAACUCCUGUUUCAGAGCAGACGGCCCAGUUCUAACCUCGUGGAUGACAACGUUGAGAACUGCUUUGUAAUACGGAGGGUACAGGCAAAGUGAAUUUGGUAAGGGAUGAAUUAUGGGUUCCAGGUAGCCAAACAAAAAUAAAAACGAGCUACGUUGCCACAAAAAAAAGCAGAAGAUGCCAGAAGAAGUACAGGUGUUUGUCCCCAAUGUCUAAGAAGCUCAGGAGAGGCAUAUGCCCCUGUGUUUCACUGCCUGCAUGGAAUACAUGUCAGCCGCACGACUCCCCCUGCAGCUUCUGUAGGGUCAGUGGGCCAGAUGCUGGUCUCUCUGCUAAGCACUCUGUUUUCACUCACUUCAGUCUGGGGCUGUCAUGAUUGUUUCUUGAUGUGCCUUAGAGUGGAGAUGAUCCCCAAACUUAUAGCUGCUGUUCUUCUGCUGAGUCUGGGUUUGGAAGGCUGUUCCAGCCAGCACUGGUCCUAUGGGUUGCGCCCUGGAGGAAAGAGAAGCGCGGAACACCUGGUCGAUUCUUUCCAAGAGAUGGGCAAAGAGGUGGAUCAACCGGCAGAACCCCAGCACUUCGAAUGCACUGCCCACUGGCCCCGCUCGCCCCUCAGGGACCUGCGAGGAGCUCUGGAAAGUCUGAUCGAAGAGGAAACCAGGCAGAAGAAGAUGUAAGUGCACUGGCCCUGAAGGAUCCACAACACCCAAGUAUGACGUGGACAUUUUAAAAUGUGACCUGUUAUAGAUCUGUACUUGUGGGUUUCAGCAUUUCUAUGCCCAGUGGCAUGGAUUUCAUAAUAAAGCAAUGUGUUGUGGAU